CGCACUCCUAUCCAUGGUUUGAUGACGCUAACUAGCCAAUGGUGAGCCCAGUGAUCUCACACUGGUAUAAACCAGUGAAGUAGAAGAGUUCAGAUUCAAGCCCAAUCUGGACAUGGAUGUGACCGCUCUGGACAGCACUUUCAACUCCACUGCAUUUCAGCCAGGUACACAGGAAAAGCCCCAGGAACUUUUGAAUUUCAUUUCCUGUUCGAUCAGUGUGGAGAGCUCACCACCACAGCUGACCAUGCCCGCCCAGGGCCACAAACACGAUCCAGCGUGGAGUAUACCGGAGAUACUGGAUCUAAUUGCUGUGUGGGGAGAAGAUUCUGUGCAGGCAGAGCGCCAAACCAUCAGAAGAAAAGCUGACAUCUAUGCCAAAAUCGCACAGCGCCCGGGGGACAAAAGCUACACCAGAGACACACAGCAGUGCCAUGUGAAAAUAAAGGCGCUCAGGCAAGUCUACCAGAAGACAAGGGAGCAGAAUAGUCGCUCUGGUUCUGAGCCACAGACAUGGCACUUCUAUGAUCAGCUGCAUGUGAUUCUAGGUGGGGACCCCACCAGUACUCCAAUUCUCUCGGUGGACACCUCUCAGGGGCCCCAGGUGGCCAUGGGCAACAACGAGGAGGACAUUGUUGAUGAUGAGGAGGAGGAGGAGGAGAAUGCACAGCAGGCAAGCGGAGGAUCCAUUCUCCCUGACAGCCAGGACCUCUUCCUAACUCUGCAGCCAAUCCCCUCCCAGGACCUACUGCUGCGGGACUGUGAUGCUGCAACCUUGUCUGUGGGUGCUUUCUCCACACCAGCACGAAGGCUGUCCCAGAUUAGAAGGCGAAAAAAGCGGACCAGGGAAGACAAUGUUCUGUGAUUUGAUGCAUUCCUCCAAGACUGACAGGGCCCAGCUGAAUGCAUGGAGGCUUACACUGUCGGAGAGCAUGCCCAAGAGGACAGGAAAGCAUGCAGAGAACAAGAAUGUAACACGCAAGAGAAGAUGUUGCAGCUUAUGGAGGAACAAACAGACAUGCUGAGGCAUCUGGUUGAGGUGCAGAAAAGGCAGCUAGACCUUAGAGUCCCACUGCACUCAGUGAUGAACCAGCUGCCCUCCUCACCAAGUUCCAUAACCUCCUCUCCCAGACGUCCAUAGCUUUGAUUGCUAGA